AUGGGGCAGUUAAGUAUAAUCUCAUGUAUAAAAUAUUUUAUGAGAGAAAUAAAUACAAAAGAUGUUGCUGCAGUCAUGGACAUUGUUUCAUACGAAUACAUAACACCAAGUGAUGCAAAAAGUCUUUCCAGAGAAUUCGCAUCAGCAAAUGCCAUGCUGUCAGAUGAAAUAAGACUAUUUUUAAAGAAUUUCUACACUUCAGUAGACCAGUAAAUAAAGAAGCGCAUAUAACGAGAA